AGGAUCAAAUUGAAUCGACCAACGGCAGAAACAAACCAGGAAGAACAACAGGAACGACGUACGUAGAGUCACAUGGCCGUUCUCUGCGCUCCCGUGACUCUUUCGAACAAAUAACAGGGAGACGAGGCGUGCCAUGACUGCUUGCGUUUGUAUUGGCCCCAAAGAGUGUCAUCAUCAGAAACAACACCAUCAUCAUCGUCCACAGCAGGCGAGGGCGGCAGGUCUGUCUUCAGCCCUGUUCCCUUUUACUGCUUCCUCCACAGCCGCUGUGAAACAGGACUUCCUCCUCCGGCCGCUCACAGCGGCUCGUUGACGCUCAGACACGCCGAAGGUGGAAGUUCAGAAACUGGUGAAGUGAAGCAGGAACCUGUGGAACCACUGGUGACAGAUCGGCAGCCAUGUCGAAUGAACACACCCCACUGAUCACCUCAGGGAUGUGCGGCCUGACGGUGAACGCGGUCACGUGUGGCGGUUCGUCUCCGGACGUCACCCCUGACUCUGGACCUGAGCCUCCAAAUAAAAGCCCCCGACAACUGAACACCUUUUUUGGAGUGAUGGUUCCGACCGUGCUCUCCAUGUUCAGCAUCGUGUUGUUUUUGAGAACAGGGUUCGUGGUGGGUCAUGCCGGACUCCUUCAGGGUCUUUUAAUGGUCUUCGUGGCCUACUUCAUUAUAUCUCUAACUAUUCUCUCCAUCUGUGCCAUCUCCACCAACGGUGCUGUUCAAGGCGGCGGAGCCUACUACAUGAUCAGUCGAUCUCUGGGCCCCGAGUUUGGAGGAAGCAUCGGUCUGAUGUUCUUCUUCGCCAAAGUCUUUGCCUGUGGGGAGUACGUUCUGGGUCUGGUGGAGGCCAUGCUUGAUGUGUUUGGUUCAGACCCCGAAUUGUCCGUGUCCCAGGGGGUGAGGGUCCUCCCCCAGGGGUACUGGUACACAGUCCUUUACUCCUCCGUGGUUCUCCUCCUGUGUCUGCUGGUGUGUCUGGUGGGCGCUCACAUCUACUCCCGCACCGCCUUCGUCAUCCUGCUGGUGGUCACCGUCUCCCUGCUGUCCGUCUUCAUCAGCUCCGUCGCCGUCAAACCAUUCAACAUUGUCCUCACUCACCCCGGGCCGGACAACCAGACGCUGCGCUUCAACACCAGCUACACAGGCUUCAGCGCUGCCACCCUGAGGAGCAACCUGGGCCCUGGAUACGCUCUGGACUACACCACCAACACCGUCAUGUCCUUCGCCACCGUGUUCGCCGUCAUGUUCACCAGCUGCACAGGGAUCAUGGCUGGAGCCAAUAUGUCAGGGGAGCUGAAGAAUCCCAGUGUUUCCAUCCCUAAAGGCACCAUCACUGCUGUCUUGUACACCUUCAUUGUCUACGUCCUCCUCUUCCUCGUGGUUAGCGCCACCUGUGACAGGACCCUGCUGAUCCAGGACUACAGCUUCUUCAAGCGGAUCAACAUCUGGCCUCCGUUCGUCACCAUCGGCAUCUUCUGUGCCUCACUGUCUGCUGCCAUGUGCGCGAUGAUCGGAGCUUCGCGCAUCCUUCACGCUCUGGCUCUGGAUCACCUCUUUGGUCUUCCUUUGGCUCCGGCUACCGUCACGUCCAGCUCCGGGAACCCCUGGGUGGCGGUGCUGUACACCUGGGGUUUGGCACAGUGUGUGGUGUUUGCAGGUCAGCUCAACGCCGUGGCAGGUCUGGUGACGGUGUUCUACCUCCUGGCCUACGCCGCCGUAGAUCUGGCCUGUUUGGCUCUGGAGUGGGCGUCGGCUCCGAACUUCAGACCCACCUUCCAGCUCUUCUCCUGGCACACCUGCCUGCUGGGGAUCGUGAGCUGCUUAGUCAUGAUGUUCGUCAUCAACCCCGUGUACUCCUCGGCCAGCAUCGUCCUCCUGCUCCUGCUGCUCCUCUUCCUGCACUACAGAUCUCCCACCAGCAGCUGGGGCUACAUCAGCCAGGCUCUCAUUUUCCACCAGGUGAGGAAGUAUCUCCUGAUGCUGGACGUGAGGAAGGAGCACGUGAAGUUCUGGAGGCCGCAGGUGCUGCUGAUGGUGGCCAACCCUCGCUCCUCCUGUCAGCUCAUCCUCUUUGUCAACCAGCUGAAGAAGGGAGGGCUGUACGUGCUGGGCCACGUGCAGCUGGGGGAUCUGGACGCACUCCCUUCAGACCCGGUCCAGCAGCAGUACAACUUCUGGUUAAGCCUGGUGGACAAACUGGGGGUCAAGGCCUUUGUGGAUCUGACCCUGUCUCCUUCUGUCAGACAGGGAACGCAGCAUCUCCUCCGUAUCACAGGUUUAGGGGGCAUGAAGCCCAACACCCUGGUCCUGGGCUUCUACGACAGCUCCACCCCCGAGGACUUCUUCCUGCAGGACUCCGCCUUCUGUGACUCCUCCGUGGGUCAGAACAGCGACGGAGAGUAUAAUUUUGGGGUGGACCUGCCGUCGUUACAGGCCCACUUCCCCCCCGUGCGACACGUAGAGAGCCCCCGCUGGCUCUCACCGGAGGAGUACGUGGGGAUCAUUUCUGACGCGGUUAAAAUGAACAAGAACGUCUGCCUUGGUCGCUACUUUUUCCAGUUGGAAGGAGAAGGUAAGGACAGUAAGGUGGACGGGUCGGAGCGGACCAUCGACGUGUGGCCUCUGAACCUGCUGCAGCCCGCCAGCCGAGAUUAUGAAGACGUGUGCAGCCUCUUCCUGCUGCAGAUGGCGUGUGUUCUCAACAUGUCCAGCAAGUGGCGCCAUGCCAGAAUGAGGAUUUUCCUGAAUGUGGAGACGGAGUCCAGCGACCAGGGCUGGGUGGUGAACGAGGAGACCUUCAGAGAGCUGCUGAGGCAGCUGCGGAUCAGGGCGUCCAUCAAAAUAGUCCCCUGGGACUCUGUGGUGCAGUACACCACUCAGCAGACGGGGGCACUGUCCGAGAGCUUCCUGACGGCGGUCAACUCUAUGAUCAUGGAGCACAGCUCCCAGGCUGCUGUCCGCUUCCUUUAUUUACCCCGCCCUCCGCCUCACCACAGCCAGGCUCAGCAGUAUGUGGCUCAACUGGAGGCAGUGACCAACGGAUUAGGGCCGACGCUUCUGAUUCACGGGGUCACUCCGGUCACGUACACUGGUCUGUGAGCGCCUGCGUCUGAGCUUCUCCGACUCCCUGCACUUUUCAGCCUCACCUCACCAACAGCUGUGCUGCAAACAGAAAAGUUUCUUCUUCCCAACACAACGUAGCAUCUGAACGACGUAGGACACACGUCUGCUCGGCCCAUGUGGGUUAUAUCCUACGUUUGGGUAACUUUAGCUGACCCACACAUUUAGCCUAGUCAAACACCGUCUUUAAAUCUUUCAGCCUUGUCUCUCUCUGCGGCGCCCCCCUUUGUUGAUAGCACUGUUGCGCUCCACAUUCACGGCACAUUUAAGUGUAUUUAAAGGUAUAUUCUGCAGUAUUGUGGUCUUCGUUUCUCUCUUUUUCUUUUUCUCUCUUUGUCACCAGAGUGCUCAUGGAGCCCUCCAGGGGGUGCUAUCGACACGAGGGUUAGCAACAUUCCUUACGCUGAGUUUACGCAAACAACAUUGUUCUAAAAAUCAUCGCUCAGUCGAAACGAAGAAUACUGACGGCAGAGCUCCCCCUGCCUGUGACGCUCUGUAC